ACAACAAACGCUCUCUUCUCUCGUUCUCCGGCGCCUAUUUCCCCCCUCUCUCUGGCUCGCCCUCUCUAUCUCUCUCGUACAUAAAGAAUAGUCUGUGUAUAAUCUUCCCAGUUCAUCAUCUCUCUCUCUCUCUCUCUCUCUCCCUCUCUGUUCAUAUAUACAAAAACAAGCUGAAAAAUGUUCACAGAAGGGCUAGACGAAAGCGCUCUUAGCUGGGUCAAGCAGCAAUCAGGUAAUAAAGAAAGUGAGGCGAGAUCACCAUUGUCUGAAAAGAGUAAUCAUGAUUUCGAUCUUCCGAAAUCUCCAUUAGGGUUUAAUUCUAGUACUUACAAAUCGACCCAUGUUCUUCCUCCGCUUAAAUUUCACUCGGGUCUUUUGGGAAGUCAAGUUAAGCUUAAUCUUGAGAGUAGUGAUGAGGAUGAUUUUGAUUAUGAGGAGAAUUAUGGGGAAAGCGUAGCUUCUGUUGCGGAUGAUUUUGAUGAGAAUUUUUCGGAGGAUGAUGAAUUUGGAGGGGCGAGUGUGGAGCAUUAUGAGGAGGGAAUUUGUGGAUUGAAAGCAAGUACAGAAGGGGUUAAGGUUAAUACUGGUUUGAAUUUGAAUAGGGGGUUCUUACAGGAGAAUUUGAGGAUACAGGUUCCGGAAAAUCGCAAGUGUUUUAGAGGAGAAGGGGCUCAGAGUGCAACUUCUGGCAGCAGCUAUAGGCUUCGCGAUAGCGUGCAGUUUCAUAGUGCUUAUGGUACACCAGUUGGUGGAGCUGAUCUGGGGACUCCAAGUGCACCUCCCUUUAUGGAUAUGGGGCGAGAUGAUAGUAACUCGGAAAUGGAAAGUGGAACAGUCCAUCAUAUACACAUAGCAGAGGAAUUAACUAAAAGCCAUGCAUUAAAUUCAGAUAAAAAAGAACUAGAUUCAAGAUGUGAUCCUGGUGAAAGUGGGAAUAGUGGCGUGCUUAAAGACACAGCAGUACCAGUUUCGAAUUGCCAAAUGGAUCCAGUUAAUCAAUCAGUCUAUUACAGCACAAGUGGUCAGAAUGCAUGGCAGUCCCUAGUUGCCUAUGAUGCUUGUUUUCGUCUAUGCCUAAAUGCAUGGACCAGAGGUUGCAUGGAGGCACCGGAGUUUCUCCGUGAUGAGUGCUUGUUGCUCCGCAAUGCUUUUGGAUUACACACAUUACUCUUGCAACCUCGAGGUGCCCAAUCAACAGGAAAAGGUAGUGCCAACACUGCAGACAUGGCAUGCCCCUCAAAAGUGAAGAAAACGAUAGGGAAGAUCAGAGUUGAAGUGAGGAAGCUAAGAAUAAUACCGAGGCGAAAACUCAAGAGCACGAACUCUCUACGAGGUGCAAUGUAUAUGCAAGUGGGAGCAGAGUAUGUCCGGCAUGUUUCAUCACUGGUGAAAAACAGCAUCACUUCUCUAAGACAAGCCUCGUCUAAUCUGACAUCUGAAGAGCUAUGGAAGUGUUCUUUUUAUCUGAAAAGCUCUCUGGAAGAUGGGAAAGAUGAUUCUGUGCAAGACUUUACCUUGAGGCCUGGAACCGGGGAUUACCACGAAUUCUUUCCAGAAAGCCAAGGAGAUGCUCUUAUACUCGAAGUACAAGAUUUAAAGAAAACUGUCCAGGGUCGAGCUACCAUACCAAUUUCAUCUUUGAUUGAAAAUCCUAAUGAUAGGAUGAAAUGGUGGCCUAUAUAUCAUGACGAUCAUGAGUGUGUUGGGAAGAUUCAGCUGUCCGUUUAUGAAACUAUUACAUAUGAUGACAGCCACAUGAAGAAUGGACCUAUAGUGGAAACCCUUGCAUAUGAUAUAUUGCUGGAGUCUGCCAUGCGAGCACAAAAUUUUCAUGCACAAAAUUUAUGGAUAGACGGACCAUGGAAAUGGCUCCUGUCUGAAUUUGCAGACUAUUAUGGAGUUUCUGAUUCAUACACUAAGCUCAGAUAUCUUUCACAUGUUAUGAAUGUUGCUACUCCAAAGAAAGACUGCUUGGAGCUGAUAUAUCAAUUUCUUGUACCUGUUAUAAAGACGAGGGGUGAAAAAAGAUUAACUAGGCAAGAGAAAAGUAUGUUGUUGGAUUGUGAAACUCAAGUCGAGAGCCUUUUGGCAAACAUAUUUGAGAACUACAAGUCGUUGGAUGAGAACUCUCCAACCGGACUGUCAGAUCUUUUGGGCCCAUUACCAGAGGCUGCUGCACCGGCUCUAGCUCCUGCUGUGCAAGUAUAUACAAUUAUUCAUGAUAUACUUGCUCAAGAUGCACAAAUGGUGUUAAGAAACUAUAUUAAGACAGCGGCAGCAAAGAGGUGUAAAAAGCACAUGGUUGAAACAGAUGAAUUUGUCUCGAGCAACUCAGAUGGUUUUCUUAUGGAUUCUUUUACCAGUUCAACGGCAUAUUUGAAGAUAAAGAAGCUUUGCAUAGACUUGAGCAACGAAAUACAGGCAGAUAUUAAGAUUCACAAUGAGCAUAUACUCCCAAGUUCAAUUGACCUUUCAAGCAUCACAGCUGCAGUUUAUAGCUCUGAGUUGUGUAAAAGGCUUACAGUUUUUCUCGCUGCAUGGCCUCCCUCUAGUCCAAAUCCUCAUGUAAAUGAACUUUUGAUAGCAACUGCUGAUUUCGAAAGAAACCUGGAGUUGUGGAAUAUCAGUCCAGUGCCUGGUGGUGUGGAUUCAAGGAAUUUGUACCACAACUACAUAAUGGUGUGGGUACAAGAUAUGCAACUCAACUUACUGGAGUAUUGUAAGGCAGAAAAGGUGUCGUGGUCUGGUGUAAUUACAAACUAUUCUACGUCACCCUUUCCUGAGGAAAUCUAUGAAAGAAUCAGAGAAAUGUUGAUCGAGUAUGAAGUGGUGAUCACCAGGUGGCCUCAAUACACUUUGGUUUUAGAGAAUGCAAUUGCAAAUGUUGAAAGAGCAAUCAUAAAAGCAUUGGAAAAACAGUACAGCGAUGUAUUGACUCCACUGAAAGACAGCAUUCCCAAGAGGCUUGGUAUUCAAGUUCAGAAACUGACAAGAAGACAAUCAACAACAGUUUAUGCGCUUCCUAGUCAAUUGGGAACUUUUCUAAACACCAUCAAAAGAAUCCUUGAUGUUUUACAUUGUAAAGUUGAGGACAAGUUAAAGACUUGGGCAUCUUAUCUUCCGGUUGGUGGAGACAAGAAGUCCAAUUUUGGGGAACAGAUGAAUGAGAUUACUGUUUUGCUGAGGACCAAAUACAAAAAUUACACACAGGCAAUUGUAGUGAAGCUUGUUGCUAAUGUGCAGGCUAAUCGGAGCACACGGCUGCAAAGGAUUCUGGAAGAGACAAAGGAAGCAGAUGGAGAGGCUGAAAUACGAGAAAGGAUGCAAAUGUUGAUUUCUCAAGUUAUUGACUCCAUUUCUAACUUGCAUGAGGUCUUUACCAGUCCAAUAUUCAUUGCAACCUGUCGUGGCUUUUGGGAUAGGAUGGGACAGAUUGUACUUAAGUUCUUGGAGGUGCGUAAAGAAAACCGAGUGUGGUAUAGAGGAUCAUAUCAUGCUCUAGGGAUUCUGGAUGACACAUUUGCAUCACAGAUGCAACGACUGCAAGGGAAUGCAUUGAAAGACAAAGAUAUGGAGACUCCUCGAUCAAUAUGUGAAGCGCGCUCCAUUCUGUGCAGGGAUACAACAAAUGCAACUGAUACAUACUUCUAGGAAGUUCUUCGAGGUUACUUUCUUUCACCCAACCCAAGCUAAGUAUCGCUAUUUUUUGUUGUAAUUAGUCGCACAUAAGAGCUGUUAAUAGUGUCAAGAAACAUCCUAUGUAAUACUUGUACUGCAAUAUCAAUGAAAGAAAGAAAUAUAAUUUUCUUUUCAUUAUUA